ACUGUGAAGCUAAAAAUAAAUUUUCCACUUGUUUAUACUCGCUGUGUUGAUUAUACAUAAUUUGAUUUUGUAUUAUACAUCGCGUAGAAAAUUCGCUGACACAAUCAACGACGCAAAAAAUUAUUCGCUUAAAAUAAUAAAAGAAAUCGUUUACAAUGUUACAUCAAAAGUCGAACGAGAAAUCUGAACAAUUAAGACAUGAAGGAAACAAAUGUUACUCGAAUCAAAAUUUCUUCGAAGCUAUGCUGAAGUACAAUGAAAGUUUGUGUUAUGCUGACCCGAAGAGUGAGAAUGUUGGCUUGGCGUAUGCUAACAGAUCAGCAAUUUACUUCGAGAUGAAGCUUUACGAUAAAUGCUUGAAUAAUGUUGAUAUGGCUAGAAAAAAUAGUUAUCCAGAAAGAAAUCUGGAAAACCUUGUCAAAAGAGAGCAGAAAUGUCAUGAAAUGGUGAAAACUUCUAAUCAAAAGAUUUCAAAUCCUUGGAACUUCUUCAAACUUUCAUAUCAACCAAACAAGAAACUUCCUUUCAUCGUUAACUGCUUAGAAUUGAACUGCAAUGAUAAAUAUGGAAGAUUCGUCACAACCAAUCAUUCAUUAAAAGUUGGAGACAUAAUUUCAAUCGAAGAACCUUUUUGUAAAGUUUUAUUAUCCAAAUCAAAAUUUCGUAAAAUUCCAAAAUCAAAUAUUUAUCAAAAAUGUUCAAACUGUUUGCGAGAUAAUUCUUUGGAUUUAAUUCCAUGCAACUCGUGUUGUCUAUCCAUGUUUUGUUCAAUCGAAUGUAUGGAAACUGCAUUGAAAAGAUUUCAUCGUUACGAGUGUUCAAUAAUGGCUAAACUUUUGGAAUCUGGCAGCGUUCACAUGGCUAUGCGACUUUUUUUCAUCGCACUAUCUAAAUUUGAUGGAUGUUUUGAGAAAUUAGAAGAUUUCAUAUCAAAUGAGAAUAAAAUGACAAUUUUUGAUUGCGAUUUAAAAUCUUCGGAAAGGGAAGGAAAUGAGAGAAUGCUGAGAUCGUUAAUGUCACUGAUGAAGAGUCCUAAAAUAUUUCCAGUUACUCCACUAAUGGAAAUUCUGAAAAAUCAUCACGAAUUAGGCGAUUCUUCAGAGAAACACGAGAAGUUCAUCGCAAAUUUCUUACAAAAACUUCGUCAGAUAUCUGAUUGGAAUUUUCAUGGCAUCACCAGUGGAAGUUCUAAAAGUGUUGACGUUAACGAAACAAAGCGUGAAGGCUUGGAAGAAACUAUUGGAAGUGGAUCUUUGAUAUUUUGUUCUCUUAUCAAUCAUAGUUGUGCCAACAACGUCAUGAGAAUUUGUGUGGAAGGAAAAGUUCUUCUUGUUGUUUGCAGACCAAUUUCAAAAGGAAGUCAAUUGUUUGAUUGUUACAAAAUAUCUUUUCUGCAACAUCAAAAGCAGGAACGUCAAGAAAUUCUUCUUAAAGAUUUCGGAUUUGCAUGCGACUGUGAAGCUUGCACACAAAACUUUCCAACUCCACCAAUGUUGAAGUUUAAAGAUCCGAAGCUACUGAAAUUCGCUAAGAAAACUGACGAUGAAAUGUUAACACUUCAACAUAAUCAAGCUUUUAAAAAGUUUCGUGAUUGUUGUGACAUUCUGGAGAAAAAUAAUCAAAAUUUUCCAUGCCUUGAACUUUGUCUGUUACUCAGAUGCAUUGCCAACUUUCUAUUCAAACAAGCUCAGCCUUCAGUUGUAUUUCCAUAA